CGGGACGUUCCCAUCGACAUGAAUCUGGGAGCCCUGUCAAGCACUCGGUCACGCCGCCCACAUUCCAGUCAUGAGUGCACGCGCGCGCCCUGGCACGGCUCUAGCAUUUAGACUUGGCCCGGGUCGAAGCAGGAAGGGUGGGGCGGCGUUCGGAGCUUGAACGAGCUUGUUUUGAGGCGCUUCUCCCAUUCAGUCGGUAUGAACGCACGGCCUGCGUUCGCCCACGACGACCUUCGUGUCAACGGCAGCGCUCUGCCAGCCUGAGCUGCCUGUGAUCCAUGUGUGUGAUCCCGGGGAUCCCGCUUCAAGUUCGAGGUCGGAUCCGCUAUUGGUGCCAGUGUCUCGGCGCGGGACAUGUAGUGACUGCGCUGCGGGUGGGACUCAGACUCGGAGGUACUUGAAGUUGCAUUGACGAUGGAUGAAAAGAAGGCUUGCCUGUUUACGUUCACUGCGUCGAGAACUGAUCACGUCCGUCCUUCCGCUGGAGCAAGCCUCCGAACCACGAGUCUAUCCCCGGCGGCUCCAUGCAGACCUAGGCAACGCCCUUCGUUUUGGCUUCGCGCACAAAGAGCGGCCGCGAGACUUCACAGUACGUUUCUGCGUGCCAGACCCCGUUCGAACGCCCUGUCAGAAGCUGUCUUCACUCGAACGACGAACGACGGCUUGGCAGGAGCAAAUCAUAUCGCCAUUCCCAAACGCGUCUGUACCUACACAGUCCGGAUGCAUGUUGGACGGACACUGUACGGACGCGAACGAUGGCAACGACACCUUUGACCUCGGGGACAAAGUGCCUCCGUGGUCCAUUUGCAUCACAGCAACGUCGGACGUGCACCGGCGGGGCGCAGGAGAGUGCAAAACGUGCGGAACCAAGUACUGGGAAGAGGGCUCCAGAGAACUGGCGGGGGCAGUUCCCCGCGACGCAUACACCGUGCACAACGCAUACACGCAGCUGCGGGGGUGCCGUUCCCUGAGAUACCUACACGCUCCGUCUGGAUUCUGGAGAUGUGAAGGACUCGCCCAGGUUUUCCGUCGCGUCCAGUGCGUCUCGCACGUGCGCGUAUAACUUUCACCCCGAAAGACGGCUG